AUGCUUUCAAUUAGACCAAUAGGGACAAAGGUUGUCAACAGAGCGACACAAGCUUCUGUUCGUUGUCUUCUGUCGAAACUACAAGUUGUGAAUUAUGAUAACAGUUCUGUAUCUAUCAAGUUUGAAAAUGAUAAAGUGGUUCAGUUUAACAAUGUAUUCAUGAGAGAUUCUUGUCAAAGUCCAAGAUCAGUCGAUCCCUUCUCAAGGCAAAAGUUAUUUACCACCGCUGAAAUAUCCAAAAACUUGAAAAUCAAUGGUAUUCCAUCCAUACAAGUUGAUGAUAAAACUAAUACUGAAAAAUUGAUAAUUGAAUGGAAUCAAAAUGGAAAGAUUCAUAAAUCAGAGUAUUCAGAACAAUUCUUAACCAAAUUUGCUCAAAAGGAAAAUCAUCAUACAGGUAAGUUUUUCGAUAAAGAGAGACUUCUAUGGGAUGAAAGUUUAAUUACCAAGAAUCUUGAUGAAUUAUGGUCUAGUUAUCCUUCAUAUGUGAAAAGUGAUCAAGAAUUUUUCAAAGUAGUUCAAACUUUAAACAAGUUUGGAUUUGCAUUCAUAAAUGAAAUGCCCGACGUGACUCAUGAUGUACCUGUAAGUGAAGAAAAUUUCUCCACUUAUCCAAUCUCUGACUUAGCUUCUAAAUUUGGAUAUAUUAAGAAGACAUUUUAUGGUACUUUAUUUGAAGUGAAGAAUGAAAAAGAAGAUGCUAAGAAUAUUGCCAACACCAAUACAUUUUUACCAUUACAUAUGGACUUAUUAUAUUAUGAAUCUCCUCCUGGUUUACAAUUACUUCAUUUCAUCCAAAACUCCACGGAAGGAGGUGAAAAUAUCUUUAGUGAUUCGUUCUUAGCUGCCCAACAUGUACAUAUGGUAGAUCCCGAUGCUUAUUACGCUCUCACAAAAGUUCCAAUCACUUACCAUUAUGACAACAACAAUGAACAUUACUUCUACAAGAGACCUUUAAUAGUAGAGGAUAAUGAAUUAAGAGACUCCAAGUCUCCAUUCCAAUCUAUCAAAGAAGUCAAUUAUGCUCCACCUUUCCAAGGACCAUUAGAAUUCGGUAUUACGGGAAACAAUUCAAGUCUUUCAGAUAUAGAACAAGCAGAUGCAUUAGCAGAAGCCACGUUAUUCAAAGAUUUCUUGAGAGGAUUUGCUAUUUUUGAAGAAUUCAUUAAUGAUCCAAAGAAUCACUAUGAAAUUAAAAUGCCAGAGAAUUCUUGUGUUAUUUUUGAUAAUAGAAGAGUAUUACAUUCUAGAAAUGGUUUCUCUGAUGCAAAUGGAGGUGAUAGAUGGUUAAUUGGAUGUUACGUUGAUGGAGAUAGUUUUAGAUCAAAAUUAAGAAUAGGAUUUAGAUCUCUUAAAUAA